GAGAGAGAGGGGGAGGGAGAGAGAGGCGCAGAUAGAAACAGAGCAGACCCGGCAGACUCACAGGUAGAGAAGUUUAAAGAAAAGCGCAACUCGUAGCUCAUUUACACCAGAUUGAUCAUCUUGAACAUCUUGAAGAAUAAUCCUGACUUUUUCUCCACUUUGGCUUCAGGUGCGCUGACGCGGCGCGGACCUGUUGGCUUUCUUCUGGGCUGGAAAGCUUCAAACUUUCGGAUAAAGUCGCGCAAACUGUGCGGAGCAGCGUGAUGCAGGGCAGGAGGCGCGGAGGGAGCAGCCCGAGCGGCAGCGGGACGCCGAUGUGACCCUGCGUAAACUCCGAUGACCGCCUCUCUCGCUCCCAGGCACACGUGAAACGGCGGUCAGCGCGUCCAUGUCCGGGCUCAAGCCAGCAUGACUCUGCCCGGCGCGUCGUCGGAUGCUUGUCAGCUCAUUUUACGCGAGCGCGUGGAGCCGGGGCUGUGGAAGUGAAGACGUCGUCCGUGCGUUGUGGGGAAUAGCUGGUGCAACACGUUGCGAGGCGAGCGAGCUGCCGCGCACACUUUGGAGAGAGCGCGACGAUGCGGGGCACUUUGGGCGCAUUCAUUCAGUCCUGUCUGAUACUCCUGGUCCGGGCUGACCAGUGGAGGCUGAAGGACUCCAGCAACUGCGAGCUUCACAAGAAACAAACUGACCUAAACUCCUUCCUUUGGACGAUCAAACGGGACCCUCCCUCAUAUUUCUAUGGCACAAUCCACGUUCCCUACACGCGUGUUUGGGACUUCAUCCCUGAGAACUCCAAGCAGGCCUUCCAGGAGAGCAACAUCGUCUACUUUGAGCUGGACCUGACGGACCCUUACACCAUCUCAGCCCUGACCAGCUGCCAGCUGCUCCCUCAGGGCGAGAACCUGCAGGAUGUCCUACCCAGGGACAUCUAUCGGAGACUCAAAAGACACCUCGAGUAUGUGAAGCUCAUGAUGCCGUCGUGGAUGACGCCGGAUCAGAGGGGGAAGGGGCUCUACGCGGACUACCUCUUCAACGCCAUCGCUGGGAACUGGGAGAGGAAGCGGCCUGUCUGGGUGAUGCUGAUGGUGAAUUCGUUAACUGAGGCAGAUAUUAAGACGCGAGGGGUGCCGGUGCUGGACUUGUACCUGGCCCAGGAGGCGGAGAGGAUGAGGAAGAGGACGGGGGCUGUCGAGAAGGUGGAGGAACAGUGCCAUCCGCUCAACGGGCUCAACUUCUCCCAGGUGAUCUUUGCCCUGAACCAGACAUUACUACAGCAGGAGUCUUUAAGAGCAGGAAGCCUACAGGUCCCCUACACCACUGAGGACCUCAUCAGGCACUACAACUGUGGAGACCUCAACUCCAUCAUCUUCAAUCAUGACACCUCACAGGUCCCUAACUUCAAUAACGUGACACUGCCACCCAGCGAGCAGGUGACCGCCCAGGAAAUAGACAGCUACUUUCGUCAGGAGCUCAUCUACAAAAGGAAUGAGAGGAUGGGGAAGCGGGUCAAGGCGCUGCUCGAGGAGCACCCCGACAAGAGCUUCUUCUUCGCCUUUGGAGCAGGUCACUUUCUCGGCAACAAUACAGUCAUUGAUGUGCUUCGUCGCCAGGGAUACGAGGUGGAGCACACCCCUGCUGGGCAGCCCAUAAACAGGAGGUCAUCAUCCAGACCCGCCUCGCCAGAGUCAGAGGAGCACCAUGAUGAGCCCCCCCUCCUGGAGCCUUUCCUCCAUGAGCUCCCCCACAAAGAGGACGAUCAGGGGCGUCCCCUGGAGGACGAUCUGUUGCCCCACAUGCUUCUGCCGCCGGACAGUCUGGAGCUGCUGGAGAAAGCAGAGAGGAAAAUGCUGAAGAAAAAGAGGAGGAACAAGCAGAAGAAACAGCGGCACCGGCAUUUUAACGACCUCUGGGUCCGCAUCGAGGAGAGUAAUUUCCAGUCUCCACCACCUCCGCUGGUUCGCAUCAUCAAUGGUUACAUCACAGUGCAGCCACCUGACAGAGUCCACAGCCACUACAACUACCAUCACACGUCUUCGGCAUCAACCUCCUCCUCUUCCACCUCGCCUGUCCUUGUCCUCCUCUGCGCUCUGCUCGCAGCGCAGACCUGGACUGCGCUCCUCUGCUGGUAGAGCAUCAGCCGGGACUCCAUGAAAACAGUCAGCCUCCUCGAGUAUAAACUCUAACACGUGGUGGCUUCAUGUAUCAGCUCAUUCAAAGUGAGGUCUGACCAUGAUUCAGAAUGUCUGGAGGAGGCUGCAAAACAGUCUCAUGCAUGGAGAAAGGGUGUGAAAUCAGCUCUAGCCGUCAGGUAACGCUGCACUCCAUGGAUGUUAAAGAUGAUAAAGUUAUGUUGUUGGGACUGAAUGGUAAAUCAUGUCAAUAGGGCAUGUCUCUCACAAAUUGAGGCCUUUACGAGCAAGUUUAUAUAACGCUGGAACAUUUCAUAAGGUUUCCAUUAUUUUACACACACACACACACACACACACACACACACACACACACACACACACAGCAGGAGCGAGUACACAGAAUGCAGCAGGAAAGGAAACAGGAAGUGUUACGGGACGUCUCACUGACAUUACCCAACAUGCCGUUCCCUCAUGGGUUACAGUGUUACAGCAGAUACCCAUCAUUCAACAACCAAGCCGCUGAGAAUACGAGAUCUCAUUGAAGUGACUGAACACGAGAACGUUGUUGAAACUAUUGCUGAAUAUCAAAUACCUUCAAUAAGUACAACAGGAACCAUAUGUCCUUUGUGAGCGUGUGUGUGUGUGUGUGUGAGAGAGAGAGUGUGCAUGUGUGUGAGAGACAAAGUCUAUUAGCUCUUAAACCCCCCCGGCCUUGAGAACAGAGGCGUUCCUCUUCAGACCCUAAUUUAUUCUUCCAUUUUAGAAGAAUUUGAGAAAAGCCAGCUGGGGGAGGGGGGAAAUUGUACAUAUUGUUUCUAAAUAUUAUAGAUGUAUUUUAGAAUUAUAAAAAAAAUUGAAAAUUAUCAAAAGUUUUGUGGUUGUUUAUAUAAAUAUAUAAAUAGAUAUGCAGUAUAUUUUUUUGAAAAGAAAAUCAGGAACUAACCACCAUAGCCGGCGUCAUGUGUCUCACUGAAAUGACAUUUUGGAAGGGACGUAUGAUUGUAUUGUACUUCAUGUAUCAGUGUUACACACUUGCUUUGCUGUAUGUGUCUGCUGAAAGGAUCCAUGUAAUGUGUGUGUGUAUGUGUGUUUUUCACAUAGAGAUCAUUUGUUUAAUUUAUUUAACUACUAUAGUCUUGCUGUAGGUCAUAUGAAACAUUCCCAGUUUUUGUUUUUGUAUUUUUUUGCAGCCUCUAUGAUGUCCAAGUGUGUUAUUUCAGAUGUUUUCCAGUAUGAGUUCAAAUGUAUAUGAUGGUAAUGAUAAUUCAGUUUUCAGUACGGGAAGCUGUCAGAUACAGAUAGACCACAUACAGCAUAGAGCUUUAGGUCUUUCACAUUUCACUUAUGGCAUGAGAUGAUUGUAAUAGUAUUACCAUGACAACAAUAAAAUAUUUAUCUAGAUUAA